GGGGCUCGCCGCGCCCCUCCGGCCCCCCAGGCCCCGACGGGAGGCGGCGGUGAGCCCGGUCAUGGGUAUUUGUCUCUGGGAAGCGCUGCCCCGUGGCCUGUUGGUACCUGCGGCCGGGCGGCUGUUGGAAAGUACCUUUUUUUCAUGAACGGUUCUAGCUCCUUGCCCUGAGCUCUCGCCAUGGACACUAUGAAAACCACCUACAUCGUGCUGGAGCUGAUCAUCGCCGUCCUGUCUAUCGCUGGCAACGUCCUGGUCUGCUGGGCUGUGGCCAUCAACAGCACCUUGAAGAACGCAACCAACUAUUUCCUGGUGUCCCUGGCAGUGGCUGACAUUGCCGUGGGUUUGUUGGCCAUCCCAUUUGCCAUCACCAUCAGCAUUGGAUUCGAGGUGGAUUUUCACAGCUGCCUCUUCUUCGCCUGUUUCGUGCUGGUGCUGACCCAAAGCUCCAUUUUCAGCUUGCUGGCAGUGGCCAUCGACAGGUACCUGGCUAUUAAGAUUCCUCUGAGGUAUAACAGUCUGGUGACGGGCACGAGGGCAAGGGGCCUCAUCGCUGUGCUGUGGCUCCUGUCCUUUGGAAUUGGACUGACCCCACUGAUGGGCUGGAAUAAAGCCAUGAGUGGAUGUCCCAACGCCACCAACGAGACCGGGGCGGGCACUGGGACGGAGCCCCACGGCUGCUUCAUCUCAUGCCUCUUUGAGAACGUGGUAACCAUGAGUUACAUGGUGUACUUCAACUUCUUUGGAUGUGUGCUGCUUCCCCUCGUCAUCAUGCUGGGAAUCUACAUCAAGAUAUUCAUGGUUGCCUGCAAACAGUUGCAUCAGAUUGAACUGAUGGGCAACUCCAGGACCACACUGCAGAAGGAGGUCCAUGCAGCCAAGUCUCUCGCCAUCAUCGUGGGGCUUUUCGCCUUCUGUUGGCUGCCCCUACAUAUCUUGAACUGCAUCACUCUCUUCCACGAGGAGUCCUCCAAAUCCAAGCCUGAGUGGGUGAUGUACAUGGCCAUCAUCCUUUCCCACGCCAACUCUGUCAUCAAUCCCAUCAUCUAUGCCUACAGGAUCAGGGAUUUCCGCUACACCUUCCGCAAGAUCAUUUCCAAGAUCCUCUGCAAGGCAGACGACUUCCCCAAGUGGCCCACUGACAACAACCAGCACCUGACUGUCACCAACAUCAACUGCCCCGUUGCCUCUGUCACCAUAUGAUGGGGCACACCCUGCUCCCAGGAUUUAUUUUGCAGUCUGUCCUGACACUGCCCUUCCCUGUGCCUGUGUGAACACUUGCAGCCAACUCCCAGAGGAGUGCUCAGAGGUGACCACUACGCAGUGAUGCAGCUGUAUUUUAUUAUUAUUAUUUUUUAAUUAUUAUUUUUGUAAUUAACAUAGUGCCUCCUAGAGGAAUAACCUGACCAGGGAGGCUGAGGGCAGCUCCCCCUUGGCUGUAAACCCAGGUUAUGUGAGUGUUGGUGAUUGUAUUGUAUUCCCUUUCCAGGUCAGACACUGACUGUGGAAGACCCACCUGCUGGGGGUGUUGCCCCCAUUGUGCUGCUCACGUCAGGUCCUAGGAUCUUUAUUUUAAUUAUUAUUAAAAUAAUUAUUAUUUUUUAAUCUUUUGAUUCCUUUAGGAGUAAUAAUUCUGUGUCUGGUUUUGAGAUAUUCUUUAAGUCCAUACUUGACAGCACUUUGGUAAUACCCUAAUUAUUCCAUCAAUUGUUUGAUGCAGUUCGUAUUCUCUGAUGGGAAAAAGUCUUAGCCCAGUUGCUGGUGUGAAACUGAAUCUGUGUUCCAGGUUCUGAGGGACGUGACCCUGUUGAUGGGAAAACAAGCUCAGAACUGGUCAGCUAUUUUUGGCCCCAGCAUGGAAGGCCCCAGUUACUGAAAGAACAGAAUUCUGGAAAAGGGACCAAGGUUUUAGCACAGCAGGCUUUUGCCUUUAAAUAACAUUGGUCUCCAGGAUUGUGCAGAUCAGAGUUUCAGGUUUGAAUUCAGAUCUAUUCCCAGUUAUUAAAAUCCCAAAGGCAGAAGUGCCCUGAUGGUCUCAGCCAGCCUGAGCCAGAGUCCCUCAGGUUGGUGCCAGUGCUGCCCUGGUGACAUGAUCUCUACAAUCAGGUUUUUGCUCCCCAAAUCCAAACCUCACACUCCUGCAAUGCUCUAGCUGUGAGAGCUGGAUGCCUCAGCUCAGCUGAUUCCCAAAUCUUGGUCUUGCUGGGGUUCCUGUGGAGCCCAGUAACCCCCAGAAGCUGGGCUUGUUGUUGGGUUUUUUUUUGUUUGUUUGUUUUCAUAGUGAUUUUUUUUUUUUUUUUUAAUUCUGACCUGCAUCAGUAGCAAAAGAGACUGCAAAGGAGAUAAUUUGCUCAAGAAUUUGCCUUGACUUGCAAAGCUAAUUUUGGGCAAGCUGUUUGGAGGGGAAGCUCACCCCACAGAUUGUCCAGCCUGGCCCCUGCAGUUACCCACCAAGCCCUGACCCUUGGUAAGGACAAAGCCCACCCAACAGCAGAGGAAUCUUCAUUUGUGCCCCGAGUUAAUGACUCUCUGCAACCACAGCUCAGUAAUUACUGCACCUGAUUUCUUAUGUCACUGUGACAAGCAAAAAGACAAAGGGAGGAAGAAGUAAUGCAUGAACUGCUGAAGUAUGAGCUCCACAUCACACUGCUGUAAAUGAAGCAGUGUUCCUGGCAUGGCUUUUAUUUUGCAGGGCAGUUUCAUUCCACAUCUGAGAGGAAUAGGAAUAGGAAGGGGAGUCAGAAAAACACCAAAGCCUCUCCCUCCUUCACGCCCCCAAGCUGUCAGUCAGCCACUUUGUGGCACAAACAGGAGCCCCACCUGAAGGUCCCUACAUGGUGAAGUGGCACCAAAAGCACUCGAUGCCAGCAGCAUCACCAGGUGACCAGGGAGAAGCUGGAGUGCAAGGCUGUGUGUUUUUUAAUUUAAUGCUGGUUUGGGUGGUGACCCAGGCAGGGAGGCAGAGAUGGGGAGCAGAGCUUUGAGAGCCAGGAGGCAGGGAAGGAAGGGUAAACACAGCCAGUUCCUGGGGAACAGGUCCAGUGGACAGACUGAUGCCUGGAGCUGUUUGUCCCUGAUAAUUUUUUACUUGAAUCAUAUAGAAAUCAGCUUUCUAUUUUUUAACUGCACUAAAAGGGGGUGAUGUAAGGCCCCAGUACAGUGUAAAAUCAGCUGAAAAGCUGAUCUGAAGAAAUCCUGUGCCUGCAGCUCCUGCUGGGCUGACUGGUGACCUGCAGGCAGCAGCUGCAGGUAUGACUUGGGGCUCACCAGGCAGACAGGGGACAGUGCUCCAGGAGUGAUGGAUUUCACAACUCUGUGUGCAACAGCUCAGCUGUAAGAGCCAGCCCCAGACCUUGGUGAAUCACCAGUAAUUCUCUCUGACUGGGUUUGUACAUGUUUUUGCAAUGUCCAAAUUUAGCUACAGCACGGUAUCACAGACACUGUCAUUUCCAAGAAGAAUCUGAAUAGUUAAAGCUACUGUCCCAAGUGGUUCUCCUGUAAUAGCCCCAUUCAGCUUUGCUGCAUCUGCCUUGGUCUCAGUCCAGCUGACACAUGCAGCCACCUCCUGCCAUUUGGGCAGGGUUUGACUCUCUCCUCCUUUCAUUCCUUCCCUUCUGGAUUAUCUUUGGCUGCGUUCCUUCUGUUAAUCAUGGCUGGAAACAAGCAGGGUUUCACCUGCAGGUCUGGCAGUGUUGCAAAGUGGUUGCAAGCCACAUUUAUCCUAACAACAGAGAAUGUAAUUGCUCCCCUCCUGCUGGCUGAAAAAGAACCAAACUUUGGAGAGCACAAACAGACCCAAACAUGCUAAGCUACAGAGAGGACUGGUCCCAGAACACUCUGUCAUAUGUGACAGCUCACACUGUAGUGUGGCAUCAAUCCCUGCUACCUUCCACAUGCCUCUUAUGAGCCAGAACUCCCAGAUGUGCUGUACCCUUCCUGUGACUGUGCCAUCAGGUUGUCAGCCAGUGUUAACCACGGCCUGGGUCACCCUGCUCUUUAGGCACUUGAAAAACCUUUGUGGAUGUGAGCAUUUAAAGGCAAAAUAAAAAUAGGACUCCCCGGUGUCCCCCCCCAAAAAAACAAAAAAAUAAAGCUCUGAAGUUUUCUAUAAAAUGUGAAAUGGCAGAGGAACUUUCUGUAGCAAGUACAGCUGUGGCUGUUCAGCUCUCACUCAUCACUGUGUUGAUGUACAUAGGAUGGAUGUGUGUUCCUUGUGUUGCUCAGAUUUUGUAUUUGCAGUAACUGUUAAUUACAUACAGAAUGCUUAAUUUACCACCCACACAACCUGGCUCAGCCUGUGCCCUUAUUUCUCAUGGUGUUGUGCUCCAAGGCUGUAUCCUGGAGGAGCUCAGCCUCAGACAGAGCUGGGAGGAGCUGCUUCCCUGCUGCUGGGCUGGUGUGGUUCUUCCCCCCAUGUCUGGUGGGGACAGCCUUGCCUUGUCCUCGGCACAAGGUGAUUGAUUUGUCUGAAAUGGUUUGAUUUCAAAGGGCAUCUACAAGGGUGAUGCUUCCAAAGCUCCUGUAUCACAGUAAGCAGAGGGAAAUCACAGACCUGUCCUCAGUCUUGAGGUGCUGAGGGGUUCCUGUCCCAGCCUCUGGUUCAGGUUUGCCAGAGAUGAAUGAGAAACAUCCCCAGUGAGCCAGCUGCAAAGAGCCACUGAG